UGAAGAUUUAUUGUGCCUAUCACAUUCCUUGCAAUCUGUCAUCUGAGCUGCACUUUAGACUCUUGUGUAUUCAGGAAGGGAUUUAUCUCCCAGUUUCACACACCCGGUUCUCUUUCUUCCAGUCUGUCAGUGUAUUAGGGUCCAUUGCUGCUCCAACCUUACAAGGGGCUCUUUCGAAAGACACUGCAAAAGAACUACAAGUGCUGUCAGCUUAAUCACCAUGACUCUAAAAUCCAAUAAGAGCGAGCCCCUUGGCCCCUUCGCUGCCUUCGAGAGUAUCAAUAGUUGCCGGACCCCACUGUCUGAUUUGUAUUUGGAGCAGCUACUGCAGAGCAAAGGCAAGCCUGAGGGUUACAUGUUGACAUACAAUAAUGCUGCCCAAGAAGUCUACAGCAAUGGCAGUGCCAACUCUUCCCCUUACAUGAAUGGUAACAGUAAAGAACACGAGGCACAAAAUGUCAAGAAGAUCCAAUUGAUUACAUUCCAGAAAAGUACAAGUGAACCCAUGGGAAUUACUCUAAAACUGAAUGACAAGGGGCGCUGUGUCAUUGGAAGGAUCCUGCAUGGAGGGAUGAUUCACAGGCAAGGCUCACUCCAUGUGGGUGAUGAAAUACUGGAAAUAAAUGGGAAGAGUGCAGCAAAUCAAACAGUGGAGCAGCUGCAGUUAGUGCUGAAAGAAAUGAUGGGAACCAUCACAUUACAAGUUCAGUCCAACUACCACUGCAAUCCUCCAUCCUUUGAGAUGUACAUGCGAGCUCAGUUUGAUUAUGACCCAAAGAAGGAUGAUCUUAUCCCAUGCAAGGAGGCUGGAUUAAGAUUUGAGACUGGUGACAUAAUCAAGAUAAUCAGUAAGGAUGACCCCAACUGGUGGCAGGGCACGGUGGAGAACUCAAGCAAAACAACUGGAUUAAUUCCUUCUCCUGAACUGCAGGAAUGGAGGGUGGCUAAUAGAAAUACAGCUAAUCAAGAUGUUACAUCAGGCUGUGGAAUGUUUGGGAAGAAGAAAAAGCAGUGUAAAGACAAGUAUUUGGCCAAGCACAGUGCAAUCUUUGAUCGGCUGGAUCUGGUCUCAUAUGAAGAAGUUGUACAACUCCCUGCUUUCAACAGAAAAACUCUGGUGCUUCUGGGGGCUAAUGGCGUUGGUCGAAGUCACAUCAAAAACGUUCUGAUUACUAAACACGCUGACAAGUUUGCUUAUCCAAUUCCACAUACCUCCAGGUCACCUAAGGAAGAUGAAGAAGAUGGAAAGAAUUACUACUUUAUUUCCAAUGAGGAUAUGGUGAAGAACAUCACUUGUAAUGAAUUCCUAGAGUAUGGAAGCUUCCAAGGGGCCAUGUUUGGAACAAAGCUGGAGACAAUCCGCAAGAUCAACCAAGGCCAGGGCAAAAUUGCAGUUGUGGAUAUCGAGCCCCAGGCUCUGAAAGUUCUCAGAACAGCGGAAUUUGCACCACUAGUGGUAUUUAUUGCUGCUCCUUCUGCUACUCAGCCAGGCAAUCAGGCUGAAUCUCUCAAGAAGAUCCAAAAGGAAUCAGAAAUCCUUCAGCACACCUAUGGACACUGGUUUGACCUGACACUGGUUAAUAAUGAACUUGAAGAUACAGUGCAUAACCUGGUGGAGGCAAUUGAAAGUGCAUGCACUACAGCACAAUGGGUGCCUGUUUCAUGGGUCUACUAAUCACGGUAGAUACAGCAAAUAAAAUAUUCAUGUACUUUUUAAGAAAUCAUUUAAUCUCAAAUCAGAAAGCAGUUUGGAGUCUGCCAUUUUAAACUUAAAACAUGCACAUUAGCUUAUGAGUGUACAUUUCAUCUGUAUAUCAUUCUCCACAGCACUCACUUGUUUUAUAUCAAGAAAACAAGGACUGUUUACUAAUGGGAUAUUUACAACCAAGUUCCUCAAUACUUUUGAAAUAAAAAUACAAAAUGCUGGUAAUAUUCAAUUUCCAGCAUCUGCUGUA